AUGGCCGUCCGUCGCGUUGAAGGAAUGUCUGUAGUUGGAACCGCGAUCGCGCAAUGGAAGGGCGAAGAGUCGAGACUCGGGACGUCACAGCAGAAGUGCGAUGUCCAGCUCCAAUUUCGAAUGCGCCAAACUCAAAGCCGACCACAAAGGGAGCACGUGGUUCUGUUCCCUUUGAUCGAGAAGUCGGGGCUGAAGUGGGUGCUUGGCGGAGUAGUCGUCGGGAAGUCUUCAAACAAUGGCGACGUGUCCAACAGAUUCCAAAAGACCGACAGAGAGCAGCGCUGA